AUGUGCUACACAUCAUUCCCAAAAGUGGCCCGAAUGAAGAGCCUCGAAGAUAGAGCUGCAAAGAUGGACAUUACCAAUGACGCCUGCAACAAAUCCAAAGACAAUCACACACCAUUUAUAGUCGAAACCAGCGGAAAUUUUUAUGGUAGUAAUGAAAAGACACCAUUGAUCGAUUUAGAAGGCCAAAGAGAAGCCGAAAAGGAGGAUGCAGACCCAUUACGUGAGAUUGCAGAGUUGAUAGUGGCUCUGAAAAUGAAGAAAAUUAAACUUUACCAAAAAGUGUUUGUGUGGUUCGUUAUUGCUCUUGGCAUUAGUCGAUCACUAUGGAUGUUCAUAUUAAACAUCAGAUAUGAACUCUCCGAAGUCUUUACAUCCAAAUAUUAUCUAGGAGUGCUCCUGUCUUUAUAUAUUUUCAGAGGUGUCGCUAUUAAUCUACAACAUUAUUUAAUCACAGUCACUUUGAGAAAUUUACAAAAUUCAAACGAUUUGAACCAGCACAAUGUAUGCAAUAUUGGAUGCCUACCUAGACUUAUGUUUGGAAUUGGGUAUUCCUUGUCAAUUAGCUGGUCGCUAUGGGUGGCUUUAUUUUGUCCGCUUUCUGAAGUAAUGUUCCUCAUUAUCAUCGUACUUUGUUGUCUGGCACUUAUUUCACUAAAAGUUAAUAAAGUGGAUGAUAACGCGGAUGUUGAAGAGCUAUUACAAAAGGUUGUGCAAGGAAAGAGCGAACGCGGAACUUAA